CGUCACGGUCUUUAAACUGAGCAGCCACACUGAAAGUUUUGGACAAGUGGGGCGUCUCUGCUGCUGGACAGUUCGUCUUCGCUGUCAACCUAUUUUAUACAGUCUAUGCUGUCAACUAACACUAUCAACAUAUUUUUUUACAAGCCUCCCAGUCGGUCAGUCUUCCCAGAUGACCGUGAUUUAAGACGUUGACCUAGCUAGCUAAGUAACGUAAUGCCAAGAUGAAAGGGCUCGUUUCAUUUUUCGCAGCUCUGCUCAAGGGGAAGAAAGUUGCCUUCAGCGACCUCUUACACAAAUAUGUUUCCAGUCAGCAGUUCUGGCAACACCUGGACACCCAGAAAAUCCUUCGAGGACAGAGCAGGCCGAGAAGAGAGAAGAAGGAGAGAGGCACAGUGGUGAGCUCAGUGAACUCAGAAACCUCACAGAUAAAACCAUCAGAUUUUGACUUCCUCAAAGUAAUUGGCAAAGGAAGCUUUGGAAAGGUGCUGCUGGCAAGACAUAGAAAAAAUAAAGGCUACUAUGCUGUAAAAGUGCUGCAGAAACAGAUGAUUGUCAAGAGGAAGGAGCAAAAGCACGUGAUGGUUGAGAGGAGCAUACUGCUGAAGGGACUACAACAUCCAUUCCUGCUUUUCUACCACCUUCAGAGGGAGGGGUCAUUUCCUGAACCCAGGGCUGCUUUCUACGCUGCAGAGAUGGCCAUGGCGCUGGGCUACCUCCACUCUCUUGACAUUGUUUACAGAGACCUCAAACCAGAGAACAUCCUACUGGACAGUGAGGGUCAUGUGAUGCUGACUGAUUUUGGGCUUUGUAAAGAAGGGGUGGCCAUGGGUGGGAUUAUGCAUACAUUCUGUGGGACUCCUGAGUACCUUGCUCCAGAGGUGCUACAAGGCCACCCAUACAAUCCUGCAGUGGACUGGUGGGGCCUCGGCACUGUGCUGUUUGAGAUGCUCUAUGGACUGCCUCCAUUUUACAGCUGUAGAAAAGCAGAGAUGUUUGAGAACAUACUUCAUGCUCCUCUGCAGGUGCAUAGUGGGGGGUCUCAGGCUGCCUGCUCACUGUUAGAGGGAUUGCUGGAAAGAGACGUCUCCAAACGCCUAGGUGGGAGCCGUGACCUUGUGGAGCUGCAGGAGCAUCCCUUCUUUGGAUCCAUCAACUGGGAAGACCUCCUGGCCAGGAAAGUUAGACCCCCGUUCAUCCCAAAAGUGACUGGUCCCUGUGAUGUCAGCUACAUUGACCCCAUGUUCACACUUCAACCUGUCCCUGCCUCUGUGAAUGACAGGUGCCAGGUGGGCGGGACCAGCGAGGCCUUCCCAGGAUUCUCCUUUCUGAACCCAGUGGAGUAUUUGGCAGCAGAGCCGGUUUCAUAACAAUGCCAAAUCUUCUGGGAGUAUGUUUGUUCAAAUAUUUAUUUAAAUUAUUAUGUCAUAAAUUAUUAAAUCAAAGUCUAUUUUUAAA